AAUCAGUUUUGAAGGUCUUAAUUAGGGCAACGAAAACAUAAAUAGUGUUAACAUGUUUGAUGUGCAUAAAUUGUAUGGGACGCGUGCAUAGCAGAUGUGGGAAACACAUCACAUUAUGUUGAGUUUGCUGUAGGAUGUUGCGAGGUAAGGUCCAAACAGAACCAAACGUGUGUAUAACUGAAUAGAAAACACAUAAGUGCUUGUUAUCUCAUCUCUCUUUCAUUGCAUGCAGAAACUGUUCAUUUUUUUAAGUCUAAGUUUAUCCAUAUGUCGGCGAAAGGAGUCAAAUCGAGGCACUUAGCUCUUCUUUCGGUUCCCUCUCCUCUACUUUUGUUUUCUUUUGGUGCUUCAUUUAUUUUCCAGAGCAAAAACCAGAGACCCCAUGAAAGGAAGUUAUUCUUUUUGUUUUUUUAACAUAAGGUUGCAUAAGAAAGCAGUGAACUUUGUUGGUUCCACAUUUGAUUUUCAAUAUAGGUUUGACUAUUUAUAAAGUAAUUAAUUAGUUAAUUCAUAUUGUUUUUAUUCACUCAUCUUCACAUGACAGUUAAAGCAAGUGUAAUUAGAAUGAAAUGAGAGAGAAAAACUGACAUUAUUUGCAAGAUAUAGGCAAAAUAAAGUGAAAGGGAUAACAAGUAAAGAAGAAAAAAAUUGGAUUGAAAGAGAUGUAAAAGCACUUCCAACUCUCCUUUGUGACUUUUGCGAUCUAUAUAACAUUAUUACAGCAUCUUUCUUUUGAAGAGAGUUAGUUAAAAUAAGGAAUUGUUGGAUAAGGAUAUACAAAACAUGAUUAAAGUGUGUAAAGAAUGAGAGUUGCUUAUCAUAAGCAAAAAAACAAAAUAAAAUGAGACAGAGACACGUGUAUAUAUGAAAAAAAUGUGAAGUAAAAGCACUAAACAAUUUGCUCUUAGAUUCCUCUCCUAUAUUGACAUCUCAUUUCUCCAUCUUUUUUUCUCUUCUUCACUGCCAAACUCCAUAGUCACACACUGCAACAAAGGAAAAAUGUCGAAGGACAAACAUUCCAAUGAUCCCAGACGCGCAGCAUGCACGGCCAUCACCAUCUUCCUCCUCUUAGCUGGCGUUACUCUUCUCGUGCUCUGGCUGGUCUACCGUCCCAACAAGCCCCGCUUCACGGUGAUCGGAGCCGCCAUCUACGGCCUCAACGCCACCACCCCACCGCUCAUGUCCACCACCAUGCAAUUUUCCGUCCUCAUAAAGAACCCCAACAGGCGCGUCUCCAUUUACUACGACAGACUAUCGGCCUUCGUCUCCUACAGGAACCAGGCCAUAACGCCUCAGGUCCUGCUGCCGCCGCUGCACCAGGGCAAACACACCGCGGUGUCGGUAUCGCCAGUGAUCGGAGGGACGGCGGUGCCGGUGUCGGUGGAGGUGUCAAACGGGUUGGUGGUGGACGAGGCUUAUGGGGUGGUGGGUCUGAGGCUCAUAUUUCAAGGCAGGGUGAGGUGGAAAGCUGGUGCCAUCAAAACAGCGCACUAUGGACUGUAUGUGAAGUGCGAUGUGUUGAUGGGUUUGAAGAAAGGUUUGGUGGGUCCGGUUCCUCUCCUCGGAGUUACACCCUGCGAUGUCGACGUAUGAUGUUUUUUUUUUUUUUUUCUGUCUUCAAUUCAGUGUAAUAAUGUGCAACUCUAUUUUUUUACCAGAAAAAUUAUGUAUAGGUGUUAGUUUAUUUGCAAAUUCAGUGUGUUAGAAAGGUAAAAGUGAAAGAAUUUCCAAGGUUAUGUUUUUAUUAAUUUAGAGGAACCAGGAUGAGAAGGUAUGCGUGUUUCUUCUCUUACUCCUCAAAUUGUUUGUGAAUGGAGCUUUUUCAAC